AUGCGCUCUGUUGUUAUAAGGAGCUCAAAGUUAGCUGCUUCAAGAGGAAGUGUUAAAUUUCAACCAUUUCGAUUUUUUCAUAUAUCCCCAUCUUAUUUCAACCAGAAACCACAGUCUCCAUUAAAAGUCUUUUUUGACACUUUUAAAGCAGAGGUAAAAAAAUCGGGUGAGCUAAAGGAAAAUAUUAAAGCAUUACAGGAUGAGACAGGUAGAGUUGCAGAUUCUGAUGCAUUUAAAAAGGCGAAAGAAGCAUAUGAUCGUGCUCAGAAAGGAAGCUCUGCCGCUGGUAAAGUUGUAAAGAAAACAGCGGGAGCGGUUGGCUCAGCAGCGGCGAAAGCCUGGGACUCUCCUGUUGGUGUGGGCGUUCGUACAACGGUGAAAGCGGGUGCCGAUGCUGCGGACAAAGCAUUUGAUCCUGUGAGAAAGACACAGGUGUAUAAGGAUGUGUCAGAUGUUAUUGAUGAUGGGUCCUCAACGUCAUAUGGUGGGUUUUUGACCAAGGAGGAAAGACUAAGAUUAAGGCAAAAGGAGUUGGCUGAAAAGAUGAGAAAGGGGAAAGCAUUUAAACCAGUGAAAGAGAACGAAAAUGCGGGUUACGAAUUAGUAGCUACUGACAGUGAGCCUACCGGUCCAUCAAUUGGCGAGAAGUGGGAAAGUUUCAAGGUGAGAUCUCCUUUAGGACGCGCAAUCGUAUAUUUAAGAGAGAAAUGGGAGGACUCUGAGAAUGGACUUAUUGCUCUCAUAAGAACGAUAUUCGAAAAAGUUACAGGAUUUUUUGCAGAAACAGAACAAGCUAAAGUUAUUAAGCAAUUUAGAAUGAUGGAUCCUUCUUUCCGUCUUACGGAUUUCAAUAAGACACUCACUAAUUACAUCGUUCCCGAAUUAUUAGAUGCCUACAUCAAGAACGAUCAAAAGGUCUUGAAAGAAUGGCUUAGCGAAGCUCCUUUCAAUGUCUGGCAGGCGAACAAUAAGCAAUUUGUUCAGCAGGGAUUGUUUUCGGAUGGAAGAAUUCUCGACAUUAGGGGAGUAGACGUUGUGACUUGCAAAAACCUACAACCAAACGAUAUCCCUGUUAUUGUUGUGAGCUGCCGUGCACAGGAGAUUCAUUUAUAUAGAAAGGCACAAACGGGAGAGAUUGCAGCAGGUACUGAAGACCAUAUCCAAUUAAGUACAUAUGCAAUGGUUUUAACCAGAGUUCCCGAGGAGAUAGAUAACAAAAUAACGGAAGGAUGGAAGGUCCUUGAAUUCGCUCGUGGUGGAUCGAGGCCCUUCCAUUGA